GCCGCACGGUCAAGGUGCUCGUGGCCAAUGUGACUCGCUGGAGCGCGAGCUGGCGCGGCGCGCUGGCAGCGCAGGCCGUCGUGUGGUGCAUGCAGGAGGCCCGCAUUCCGAAGCUGGAGGCGGCGGCGGCGGCCGCUGCAGCGCGUGCCCGCGGGAUGCGGCUGCACCUGGGCCCAGAGCAGGAUGGCGAGCACCUCCUGGCUGCCGCACACGCGCCCGGCAGUUGUUCAGCCCGGGCCGAGGCCAUGUCGGGCCUCUCUGGCCGGCACCCGGGCCGCCUCCAGCACCUGGCACUUCACCUGGGAGGGAAUCGUGCCGUCCACCUCCUCAACGUCUAUGGGUACGCUGGAGGGCGGACCGACCGGGAGCGCAACGCCGACCUGAUCCUGGAGGGCCUCGAGUGGCUCCGGGGCCUAGGCGGGGCGCCCGCGCUGCUGGUAGGCGACCUGAAUUGCAACGUCGCCGAGUCGGGCCUGGAGGGCCUGCUGGGCAUGGCCGGGUGGCGGGACCUCCUGGCGGCGGCUGGCCCUACGUGCAUCCCCUCCGAUGGGGCCCCAUCGAGGCUGGACUACGUGCUGGCGAAUCCGGAGGCGUUGGGGCUCGUCGAGCGGGUCGGCAUCCAGUGGGACCUUGGGUUCGCCACCCACGCGGCCCUCUGGGUGGAGUUGCGCGCGUCGGCCCCGGAGCGAGCGCUCAUGAGGCGCCCCGUGCAGCGUCUCGACGGCGAUGCCAUUGAGGGCUGGGGGGCGCGGGAGGCCCGGGAGGCCGCCGCCACGGUGGUCGCUGGCUUCGGCACGCCCUUCCACGGCGCGCUGGGGCGGCACGACGUCGAGGCGGCAUGGCAGUCGCUCCGCUCGGCCAUGGCGGCAUGGUUGGCGAGUCGGAGCCCCAGCAGCUCCGCCCCGGUCGCGAUGUCCACGCUGAUGGCGCUGCGGCAGGCCGACGCCGACCAUGCGGUCUGGCGGGCGGCGCUGGCAGACCUGCGACCGGACGUGGAGCUCCCGGCCACCUUGCUGGAGCAUGCGGAGGCCGAAUGGCGUGCCGCCCAGGCGGCAGCGCGAUCCCAGCGCAGGCAGGAAUGGCGCCGCUGGGCCCAAGAGAGUUUGGCCAACGCGCAGGGCCGUCUCUAUCGAUGGAUCCGAGGCGGGUCGAUUCUCGAGGCAGAUUUGGUGCCCGACCCGGCGGCUGGCGCGGCGGCCGCAGCAGCCGGAAGCCGGAGCUGGCUCCUGGCGCUCCGUGGCGGCCCAGCGGCGCGCCUCCGCCACUUCGCAGGGCCGUGGCGCGCACUCUGGCAGCGGCAGUCGGCGCCGCCGCUGGGCGAGGAGUGGCUUCAGGCUUUGGAUGGCCUCCCAGCGUUCCCCGAGCGGGUGCCCUGGACGGCGGAGACGGUGUCCUCGCUGCUUCGCCGCAUGCCUCGGCGGAAGAAGCCGGGUCUAGACGGGUGGACCGUGAAGGAGCUUCGAUUGCUGCCUCCGGAGCUGCACGGGUGGAUCGCCGAGCUGUUCGAGGAGAUCGAGGCCUGCGGGAGCUGGCCUAGCGAGCUGGUGGAGCCGGAGGGCCUCCUGCUCCCGAAGCCCGGGGGUGGCGCAGACCCCAUGGACAGGCGCCCGAUAUGGCUCCUGCCCAUCUUGCACCGCCUGUGGGCGGCAGGCAGGGCCCGCCUGUUCGCUCGGUGGCGCCUGCG